AAAAAAUGUCAAGUGAAAUGUGAUUAAAAUCAACAGGUGACUUCCUUUAAAAAAAAUUAAAAAAUAAUCUCCAUCUAAUUAACUUUUCCAGCAAUACUAAAGAUUCCCUAAAACACAAAACUCAUCCUCUGUGAUUGGUUGCGGCUCAGCAUGCUCCAUUGUUCCAUCAGCCCGUUUGUUCGCUUGGUUUCCUGUGCACAAACAAAACUUUCCUGCCACUCUGGGCAAUAUUGGGCUCCUCUGUGCUUUGGCAACCGAAAUAUUGGAAUCUCUGACUUUUUCUGAGGGAAAAAGGACAAAGUCAGUGUUUUUUGGCAGGAUGUACAGCUUCAUGGGAGGUGGGUUGUUCUGUGCUGGAGUCGGGAACAUACUCCUCAUUGUCUCCACGGCAACUGACUACUGGAUGCAGUACCGUCACUCCAGCAAUUACAUGCACCAGGGCCUGUGGCGGUACUGUGUGCCUGGGAAAUGCAUGACACACACAGACAGCAUCGCGUACUGGGAUGCCACCCGGGCCUUCAUGAUUCUGUCUCUGCUGGCUUGUUUCAUCGGGAUUGUGAUUGGUGUCAUGGCCUUCAUCCAUUACUCCUCCUUUGACGGGUUUGACAAGACAUUUGCAGCCGGCAUCCUCUUCUUCAUCUCCUGCUUCUUUGUGCUACUGGCAAUGGCUGUCUACACAGGAGUGACAGUCAACUACUACGGUAAACGCUAUGGCAGCUGGCGAUUCUCCUGGUCCUAUAUAAUGGGCUGGGUUGCAGUGGUGCUCACAUUCUUCUCAGGUAUCUUCUACAUGUGUGCCUACCGGAUGCAUGAAUGCCCAAGAAACUCUAACUCACGCUGACCUGUUAAAGACUUAAGAACACACACACACACACACAAGCACUAGUCUAUGAUAAAUGGCCUUGAGGAACCAACAGUCCUAUGAACUUUCCAACCAUUUCCUGUAAACUUAAAUAUUCAUGAACAAGCAAAAUAAAUGAGAAAACUGCAUUCGUCUGUCCUCUACAUUGUCUUGCUACAGUCAGUACAGCAAUAAAACUUUAAUAGAAGCAGAGGUGCGCUAAAGUGUCUGUGACACCACUACUGGUGAUGACACAGCUCCUUGUACGUCAGUUUAAGACCAACUCAGUGACUUGCACUUUGGAGUGAUAAAUAUCUUCCACUUACAGAAAACAUGUCUGUGCCAGA